AUGGACCAAAAUGGACCAGGAUGGAUCUCAUUGAUUCGGCCAGGGGAAUCUGGACCAGAGUGGACCGUAGGGAGGAUGGGCAGCUUCACCGACAUGGACAGCGCCCCCUGGAUCAUUGACAUCACCGUCAUUUUGCCGCGCAACCGAGUCGCGAUUCCCCCUGCACGCCUGAGCUCGCAGCAAGCGGUGAGGCUGAGGAAUCCUCGCCUGCCCCAGCGUGGCCAUGGAUCCCAUUCGUUGGUGGCUCUCAGGCAGGGCCCUGCACUCGCAAUGCCGUCUUCUAUUCUGGGCGAGGAAUGGCUGACUCAUCAUUAUUGGGUCCACCGCUUCCGACCAGUCCACCGCGUACACUUGUGA